GUAAGCAAUAAACAAACCAUACUGCCCAGAAAGGAGUGGUGAGCGGUAAUAUUUUACCGAAUUUUAUACUGUUUUUACAUUCAGCAGCCAUGGCAAGAAUAAUAAAUCGCUUAUCCAAUACGUUGCGUAUGUUGGAGCACUACAUUUUCGGAGGACCUGGUUUUCCCAAAGGUGCAUUAGCAUUAGCUUAUGUUGACACUCCAGCAUCUUAUGCGCCUACGGGAAACUCGCCGCAGUUUUCGCUUCGUGAUCUGAUUGGAGACGGGCUGCUGUGGGCCGUACCAAAGCAUCGGCGGACAGUCGAAAAGCGACACAAGCGAAAGUACGGUUCCCCCGAUUACAAAUUAAAAAUAUUUGUUCCGAAAACCCAUCUACGUUCCUGCGCGACGUGCGGGAGCGAUCAUGAAGUGGGGAUACUUUGUCCAACAUGCUACAAGAAAAUACGCACGGAAACCGAGUUGAUGCAAGACAAAAUUCAGCAUGAGCUUGGUCUAGAUCCAGUCGACAAAGAAGUAGUGGUGUUGUACGAUCGUGAAAAGGACGAGCAGCCGGAUGAGUUCUGGCAGGGUAAACGUAUCGUGGAGAUGGAGAAGCCACGGCCCAUGUGGUUUGGUAAAAAUUUGCUGCAAAGAAGUACACACUCUGCACCGGAACCUGACGAGUUAAAGCCGGGUCAUGAAAAGCUAGGCUAAAAGCAUACUUUCUAUUGUAAACGAUGAUGUUGUGAAUAAUGCAAUUGUGAAGCAAUUAUAGUAAAGUUAUACAAGUCAAAGUAACCAGUGUUAAUUUUCCUACAGUAAUACAUUUAUUCAAAAAACGCCGGUUAUUGACAGCUGUCAAAACAUUGGU